AUGCUUGGCUGGCGGCACUUUUGCCUGCUGCCUGGUGUUGCCUUACUGGCAAGCCCACGUCUGCAGGCAGGUCUGCAUGCGUGCGGCUCUGCACUUUCCGUAGCUGGUUUGAGGCGUGACGCCUCCUGCUCGCCGGCGAAAUUCCUCAUGCACGUUGAGAUUCUCCAGGAGCUUCGUGCAGAUGCCGCCGCUCCUGUGGACCGGAAAGGGGCCGGGGCCGUGGCACUUUCCGGACACCAGGGUGAGCAUCAGGACAGUAGCUUUGAGGUCCUGGUGGCGGUGAUGCUCUCGGCACAGACCAAGGAUGGCGUCACAUACAAGACAAUGCAAGAUCUCCGGGCACAUGGUCUUAGUGCACAGAAAAUCGUGGAUAUGCCGAUUGAACGGCUCACCAAGCUUGUCGGAAAGGUCAACUACCACCGCCGCAAGGCUGUGUACAUGAAGAAGACUUCGCAGCUAUUGCUCGAGAAGUAUUCGGGCAGUGUCCCAGAUCAACUCUGUCAGCUAUUGGAGCUUCCAGGUGUUGGCGAGAAAACUGCCUUGUUGUACUUGCAAGUGGCCAAGGGCAAGGUGGAGGGCAUUGCAGUUGAUACCCAUGUGCACAGAAUUGCUAAUGCUUUGGGCUGGACCGGCUCGCCGACGAAGACUGCACAGCAAACACGGCGCCAGCUGGAGAAACGAAUUCCUCGACGAAUGUGGGGGAUGAUCAAUCCGCUGGUAGUUGGAUUUGGCCAAGAGCUUCGGGAGAACAGGUCUGAACUUCUGCGAAAGUGCCUUGCAUCCAGCAACCCACGUCUAGCCUUGCAGCUGCUGGCCGACUGUGGGAUGAAGGUGCAGAGGGAGAUGGAGAAAGCUGGGUUGGAAACUCAGGACUACGCAGGAUGA